CGCCGGUCAAGCGAGCGCGAUGGCCGCGACCGACGGUCAGAUCGUCGUCGCGGCGGCACGCUGGGCCGAGGAGGCGACGUAUCUGCGUGAGUUCGUCACCAAGUACCGUCUGCCGGCUGUGAUCAAGAUCACGAAGGGCCAGUACGGCGGGCUGGGCGUGCCGACGCUACCGGCGCCCAGCUUGCAGAGCACCGCGCUGCUGAUAUCGGCCGGCCGUCGGCGCAAAAUCGUGGCGCAGGCGGUGAAGAUCAAGGAGGGCCGCCGCGUGGUCGGUGUGGGGCCCAGACUGGCGAUACCGGAUUCGUACGCGGGCUACUUCGAGAUUCUGAGCGAGGAGGGCCGAGCGGUGCGCGGCAUCGAGUCGGUGAGCGAGCUAUCGCGAAGAUGUCCGGAGGAGGGUGCUCUGGUGCGCGAGACCGUGCGCGGCAUCGCCUGCCGGGUGGACGACGAGUCGGGUAUCGUGGUACCGGAGGGCACGAGAACCCUCGCGGCCGGCGAGACGAUUGUUACCGCCGGCGAAGUGGCGCUACCCGGUCGCGGUCGGUUUCUGCGCUGCGUAGACUGUCACGGUGACAGCGUGUUGCUCGGGAUGGAUCAGCGCGGACGCUUUAGCGCCCUGGCUCGCGAGGACAACAUCAGCGGCGUGCACACCGCCAGGGCGCUUCUCAGCAAACGUCUGCCACUCACCGUGAGACUGGUGCACGGUCAGCCGCCGCGAGGGCUCAAGUCAUCGUCGCAAUUUGUACCCGAGUUGAGGCUGCUCUCGACUUUCGAGGAGGAGCACGUGUUCGCGUUGCCGUUGCAGAGGGAAGGCGCGGCGGUUGCGUUGCCGCUCGCGGCGCCGCUCAAGCUGGUGAAGGCGCGAAACGACGAGGCGCUCAGGUCGAUGCAGGAGUUCACGAGGUUGGUCGAGCGCGCCUCUCGUCUGGUAGCCGAUGUGGCUGAUCGGGCGCACGUGUUGGACGGUCGUCUGGGCGAGAGCAAGCCCUCCAGGCAGACGAGAAGCGGGUCGGGCUUCCUCAGAAGACCAUCGAACAACUCGGAUCACGCGCCGUUGAACCACCAUAGGAACAGCAGCGCCGGCCACCAUCAUCAUCAUCAUCACUAUCACAGCAACGGGCAUCAGCCGUCCUCCGGACACUCGGGGUACCGGGACGAGAACAGGGUACCGCCGUCGUCGUCAACCUGCACGGAGGAGUACGACGAGAUCGAUCAGAUAUACGAUUACGUGCGCGGCUUCGCGCCGUUGCCGAAGAGCGUCAGGUCGCCGUACGAGAGCCCCCUCGCCGCUGGCCAGGGGGCCUCGACCCCACCGUUGACGCCGGUAACGGUGACGAUCACGCCCUUGCUGGACGAUCGACCGGAGCCGCCGCCGAUCGAGACGAUACCGACGAAGAAGAUCCAAGCGGAGAAGCGGACUAGGCGCGCGGUGAAGGAAGCGCCGCAGCCGCGGGUGGAGAAGCCGCCUCUGGCGAAGCUCUAUGUGAAGAACAGCGGCACUCAGCGCGGACGACCGCUAAUGAGGCAGAAGAGCGCGUCGCCGUUGAAGGAAACGCCGCCGGGUUACAAGGGCGGUUCGCCGCUCUUCAACAUACGCUAUAAGAGCCUGACGAAUCUCCAACAGGCCAUGGAGUUGGACGGCACGCUGGACUCCAGUCACUCGGGCGGAAGGACGUCGGGAGACUCCGGCGCGGGCGCUAAACUGCCUGAGAAGAGAUCGAGACGUUUGAGCAGGCCACGAUCGCUGACGAAUUUAGUCUGGGAGCUACGAGGUGGAAGCGGCCUCGGCUGCACGAGACCGGAAACUCCGCCGCCCGCCACGACUGCACCGCUGCCACCGACUAAAUGUGGUCCACGUCUUGCAGUCACUGUCGUGGCACCGCGACGAGUCGGCACGCUCUACCUCUAACUCAUUCGACCGACGAAGGGCUGAAGAAGGCAAAGAGCGGUUCAGAUGAAGAGCCGUAGAUCUCCGGCGUCGUUCGUUCAACCAAUCAAAAUUCGUAACAGAAGCUCAAGGGAGAAGAACUAGAAGGACGGGAUGUAUUUCUGCCAGCGAUUGCGCCAUUCUUUCAGCAUUAAUAUAUCGCAGCUGCGAAAGCCAUUCUAACUCGUCGUCCGAUACACGAUAGCAUGUAUACAUGCUGUACACAUACAUGCAUAUACACAUACAUACAUACACGCAUACACGACACGUAAAAGACCCAAAAGCCUGAUCAACGUCGCGUACUUCCUGUGAUCGUCGAUUAACGAUAAGCGGAAUAAUCAAAAAUAGCGACGCAGCGGAAGAGGAUAUGUUCAGGUCACGAAAAGAGAAACGAAUUACUAGAAUGCUCUCGUAGAGAAAGGCGACGCCGUGUUAUAAAGAGAUUGAUAGCGAGACGCAACGAAGCGACGUAGUGGAAAUCGAUACUUUGUAAGGUCCCAAGUAACAAUGGUCGAGCUUCCGGUACGUAUAACAUACAUAAUCUAUUCCGUAUAAAACGGACAUUCAUCUUUCAGAAAUAUAUAAAAUGUCUAUUCAAAUAUUUUUCCCAUCUAGCAAAUUUGAAAAUUUAUCAUGAUCAAUUCCCUAAUAUGGCAAAAAUAUAUCGCUUAAUAUUUUGUAUUAUUUGCUUUGUCUUCGUCUUGUUAUGCGCGGGAAAGAAAUGUUUUUAAUUUUUAACUACAGAUGGAAAAUAUCGACAGUAUUUACUACAUUUGCAUUCACUUUUUUUGGUGAAGCAAUCUUCAUCUUCAUAAUCAGAUACAUGAAAAAUUAUGAAAUAAAUUUUAAAGCAAAAUAUGAGUUGUUUAUUUUGAAUAAUUGAAUAAAUUGAUAAAUUUUACAGAUUGUCGAUACAAACAUGUUAUUAAAAUAGAAUAAAAUGCUUUUUUUAAUAAUAAUAAUAAUGCUGCCGAUAUUUAGCCAUUUCCAAUACGUUUAUACAAAGGAUAAAAAAUCUUAAUUUGAAACCGUACUUUCAUUACUCUUUAUCAUCGAUUGAGGAUGGGAACUGGAAAGUCGCGAAGAGGGUCAAAUCUACAUGCCGUAUAUAAUUGCGCAUUGUCUGCAAAGCUAACAUGAUUUGCGUACGCGUAAAUCACGAUAUCGCCUCGUACACGAGUAGAUUCUUUUUAUGAAGAGACGCGCCGUUCAAGGAAGGAGCGUGCAGUCUGGCGAGCCGCGUAGUUAAGGAUACGAAUGCCAUAAUAAUGACCAAGUUUUUAUGGUUGUACUUAAGUCAUAUUUUAUACUCUACUUUACUAUUAAGAUGUUUUAAGCGUAAGUUACUUUAUAUUUCCAUUAUCAAAGUGUCUUUAUCAUAGUUAUCGCUACCUUUUUAUCUUCGCGUCGUCGUACUGAAUGACUAUUCGACGUCAUUUAGCGCCGUCGUCGAAAAAUUGGUAGAAGUUAUGAAAAUGUUGUCUAAUACCGCCUACCUGCACUUGUGAUCGUACGUCCAACUUGAAUUCGAGAGAAUAAACUGAAUGUUCGUAAUCUAUACAUCGGCAUUUUCAACAUUCAAAAAGGAAACUUUAAUGGUAAUCUUUAUUCAAAAGAAAGAAAAAGAUUAUCAAUUAAUAAAUUAGAUUGGACGAAUUAAGCAAUUGGAAAUACUUUUUUUAUUUGUUGCUAAGAUAUGAAAAAUUAAAGCUUAUAUUUUUCCAUAGAAUUCUGUCGAAUUCUAAAUGUCGAACGAAAUUAACGAAACACAGUUUGAAAUAUGUCUACAAUCUGAGCAUUCAGUUGUUUCCUGUAUAAGUUGGACUCUUAUUUUGCAACUCAAUUUUUGUACUGUGUUUCGCUAGGAGCGAAAUAAUGUUGGAUGAAACAUGUACCGAAAUUAUAUACUGCACUUACUUUCA